GCGCCCGCGACGAUCGCUUCUUUGCAAGGCGUCGGCCACAGAGAGAAACGAGGCGCAGUCCUGUACGCAUCUCUGCUUGGCACGAAGACGGUUCUCGAAUGACUGAAGACGGCGGGGAGAACCCGAUAAAGUACGGUUUGGAUGCGGACUUUCGGGGACUUACCGGCGAAGCCGGUGGUUCCAAAUUCGAUUUGGCGAAGGAAACCAUCAUGUCGGCCCAGGAUAUCGGCAACGCGUUCAUCGGUCACUACUACACGACCUUUGACGGCAACCGCGGUGCGUUGGCCUCGCUCUACAGCGACCGCUCGACGCUCAGCUUUGACAAGGACACGUUCCAGGGCACACAGGCCAUCUUGGAGAAGCUGAGCAAGCUUCCGUCGACGCAGCACCGCGUGGACACGACGGUCAUCCAGCCCUCCGUGAGCGACAACGCGAUCUUGAUCGUCGUCACUGGCAAGCUCGUCAUUGACGGCGGCAACCCGCUGCAGUUUGCCCAGACGUUCCAGCUGGUCGCCCAUGCGCCCGCCCAGUUCUACAUCCACAACGACUUCUUCAGUCUCAUUUAUGGAUAAUUUAGCCCCGCUAUAAUACGCACAAUAUAAGCGCCUCCCCUUCUUGACGUCC